GUAGGUGGUGUCUCUGGACUCUGGAUAGCUGAGAAGAAAGAGAGAAGAAAAGGAAGAGUCCGAAGGGUGAAGCCAUGGCUGGCUGCUCCAUGUUUCACAGUUUCUUCCUUAUCUCUUCCCUUUCCCUCUGCUAUCUUUACUCUCCAGAGAAAUCCUACGUAUACGCGUACCAGAUAGAACAAGAGACUGCAGUGAAAGAGCAUCAUCUUCACAGUUAUUCUAUUAGAACCAGCUCUCUCCUCCCGGCGUCAGCCUGCUUCGCUUCCGCCCAAGGUCCAAACAACAGCAAGAAUAGACUAAAGAUACUUCACAGAAACGGGCCAUGCUCCCACCUGGGCGGAGGGAAGACAAAACCACUCCCACUCGCAGCCAUUGAGAUCCUCUCCGAAGACCAAUCUCGAGUCGACUUCCUCCAGUCUAGACUCUCCAACAAUUCCAGAGGAUCUGCAGUAAGGAACUCGGAAGCUAGAGUCCCAGCCCGCUCCGGGCGCUACUUGGGCUCCGGCAACUACGUUGUGAGAGUGGGAUUGGGAAGCCCAAGGACUGAUCUCUCCCUUAUAUUUGACACCGGGAGCGACCUAACAUGGAUUCAGUGCAAGCCGUGCACGAGAUACUGUCACAAACAGCAAGAUCCAAUAUUCGAUCCAACAAAAUCAUCGUCUUAUUCCAAUGUCACUUGCAGCGCAGAUGAGUGCUCUCAACUCAGUUCUGCAACCAGUUCCCCUACUGGCUGCUCCGCCUCCACAUGCAUUUACAGCAUCCAGUACGGUGAUGGGUCAUACUCGGUCGGAUACUUUGGACGUGAAAUGCUCAGACUCACCGCUUCUAGUUCUGACAUCUUCCCUAAUUUCUUGUUUGGGUGUGGGCAGAACAACCAAGGGCUCUUUGGAAACGCAGCCGGGUUGCUAGGACUCGGCCGUCACCGGCUAUCCCUGGUGUCCCAGACGGCCAAUUCAUAUGGUCAAGUUUUCUCUUACUGUUUGCCUUCAACUUCGAGCUCUACAGGAUACCUGGCAUUUGGAAGAGAAGCAAUCAGUUCUGUCUCCUCAGCCAUUCAGUUCACGUCGUUGCUGACAAACUCCCAGUACCCUUCCUUCUACUUUCUUGAACUAACAGCGAUCAGCGUCGGAGGACGUAGACUGCCGGUUUCAGCAUCGGAUUUUGCAAAUUCAGGAACCAUAAUAGACUCUGGCACUGUCAUUACUCGUUUACCUCCAUCAGUCUACUCCGCCCUUCGCUCUGCAUUCCGGCAAUUGAUGUCCAAGUACCGAUCGGCGGAGGCCCUUUCAAUAUUGGAUACAUGUUAUGACUUGACGAGAUACCGUACAAUAAGGAUACCGAAGAUAGGCCUCCAUUUCCGCGGGGAUAUCGUGCUGGAUGUGCAUCCUAAUGGCAUCCUUUACAGUGGAAACGUCUCGCAAGUCUGUCUGGCUUUCGCCGGAAAUGACGAUAAUGGAGAUGUGACUAUCCUUGGAAACAAACAACAACAAAAUCUAAAGGUGAUCUACGAUCUUGCAAAGCAGAGGAUUGGGUUUGGCCCAGGAGAUUGCAACUAAGGAUGACUGGGACAGUCUAUUGAUUCACCUAAAAAUAACUCUGUAAACUCUAUUAUGCAUGUAGUACUUAUAAUAGAAUAAAUGGUAUUUUACUUCAUCA